UGUUGCAAACAGACCAAACAGACCAGUUCCUGCCAUCACAGAGAAAGCACAGAUGUGGGUUGUCACGGUCAUCGCUGUGUCCUGUGUCCUUGUCGGCCCCUCUCUCGCCGGGGUCAAGGACCUGGCCUCUCACUUCAGCUUCUAUGACCAGAGUCCGACCCCAAACACUGAGCCGGACCCACGAGGCCUCGGCCGGGGUGGAGCUCUGGACAUGGAGAACAUUCCUCUGGAGUUCCACAAAGAGAACACGGUGACCAAUGAUCUGCCCCUGGAAGGCUUUGAGGACGAAGACUACAUCGACUUUGACAAAAUCCUGGCUGAGGGAGGGGACGACUACAGUGAGGGGGAUGAGAUUGAUGAGAUCGCAACUCCCGCUCCGCAUAUCGACAUCUUCGCUGAGCCCUCAGAUCCAAAGACGCGGCGCGCACGACUCCUGAGCCUAUUUCACGACCGCUCACGCCUCCAACGAAUCAACGUGGUCAACGCCCACUUUGGCUUCAACCUCUACCGCAGCCUUCGGAACAACGUCAACCAGACCCACAACAUUCUGCUGGCGCCCGCCGGAAUCUCCAUCGCCAUGGGCAUGAUGUCACUGGGAGCGGGGCCUGGAACACAUUCUCAGCUCUACCGGGUGCUGGGAUUCGCCAAUUUCGUCAACGCCAGCAAUCACUACGACAACGCCACGGUGCACAAGCUGUUCCGGAAGCUCACACACAGACUCUUCCGACGCAAUUUCGGGUACACGCUGCGAUCCGUUAAUGACCUGUACGUGAAAAAGGAGGUGGCGGUGGAACCGAGUUUCCGGGCAGACACCAAGGCAUACUACUUUGCAGAGCCCCAAUCGGUGGAUUUCAGGGACAAGGCGUUUCUGGUCAAGGCUAACCGGCGCAUCUCGAAGCUGACCAAAGGACUGAUCAGAGAACCACUAAAAAAUGUGGACCCCAAUAUGGUGCUGAUGCUACUCAACUACCUCUACUUUAAAGGUACGUGGGAGCAGAAAUUCCCAAAGGAGAUGACUCACUACCGGAACUUCCGUGUGAAUGAGAAGAUAAACGUUCGAGUGCCAAUGAUGCAGAACAAAGGGAACUACCUGGCGGCUGCAGACCACGAACUGCAGUGUGACAUCCUACAGCUCCCCUAUGUGGGGAACAUCAGCAUGCUCAUCGCCCUGCCCAGGAAGUUCUCCGGCAUGAGGAAGCUGGAGCAAGAGAUCUCCCCCACAGUGGUCAACAAAUGGCUUAGCAACAUGACCAACAGGACGCGUGAGGUGGUCUUCCCUAGGUUUAAGCUGGAGCAGAGUUAUGACCUGAUAGACAACCUUAAGGAGAUGGGCCUCACAGACCUCUUUGAGGAGAGGGGUGACUUCACUGGGAUGACUUCAGAGAAGAUCGCUAUUAACUGGUUGAAGCACCAGGGGACGAUCACGGUGAACGAGGAGGGGACGGAGGCUGCGGCCCUGACCCAGGUGGGCUUCAUGCCCCUCUCCUCACAGAUACGAUUCGUUAUAGACCGGCCAUUCCUCUUCCUCAUCUACGAGCACCGCACAGACUGCCUCGUCUUCAUGGGCCGCGUGGUCGACCCCUCACAGAGCUAAACGCUUCGUAACUCUGUAGUUCAUUCUAUCUAGAAAAAUGUACCUACUAACAUUAAUACUUUUUUUAGGAUUGUAUUAACAGUGGACUAAUUAACAAAAUAUUUGUUUUUAUUAACUAUCUUUUUAAAUGUUCUUUUCAGCUAGCAUUCACCCAAAGUAGGAAGGCCUUUCAAAAAUAUUGGCCUGGUAACAAAUUCUGCUGAUCCUACAAUGGGACUACUAGCUGUCAUGGCGAACUCUAUGAACUUGUGUCUGAGAGAGGUUAGUCAGGAGUGUUCAUAUUUGCUGUCUGUUAAUGUUCCAUCUCUCUCUGGAAGUUGUUCGACUAGAAACACUAAGCUUUGGCUAUUCAAUAAAUGUUUUAGGGGAAAACAACAUAGUCAAUUUGACCAUGACUUUCUUGUUUAGUUUUUUUUUUUAAAUGUUUGAUGUUUGGAUUUUCUGAAAAGUGUUUAGCUACUGUGUAUGUAAAGUUCUGUCUAGAAUGUUAGAUAAAAGAAUAAACAAAAGCAUUUGAGACUGUUGAAAA